GAGGAACGGGCGGAGCGGCUACGUGAGUUGCUGGGAGUGCGCGCGGUGGGAUCACACGGCGGCGGCGGAGUCCCAGAGACCUGAGCGCUGAGAUCUCGGCCCGCGGCCUACACGGAGCAGUCUCUCCACCCCAGGAUCAGAAAACCGCAAUCUUCAUUACAGAGGUACUGUGUUCCGCGCUCCCCGCCCGGCCCGGCCCAGCCUGCUGCGGCGGCGCCUUCUUCCUUCCUCCUUCCCUCGCUCUCUCUCUCGCCCGCCCGCGCCUUCCCUGCCUGCCUGCGUCACCGCGGCCGCCAUGGCUGAGAACGGCGAGAGCAGCGGUCCCCCGCGCCCCUCCCGCGGCCCUGCUGCGGCCCAAGGCCCUGCCUCUGCUCAGGCCGAGCCCAAAAUCAUCAAAGUCACUGUGAAGACUCCCAAAGAGAAAGAGGAGUUCGCGGUGCCCGAGAAUAGCUCAGUCCAGCAGUUUAAGGAAGCGAUUUCGAAACGCUUCAAAUCCCAAACAGAUCAGCUAGUGCUGAUUUUUGCCGGAAAAAUCUUAAAAGAUCAAGAUACCUUGAUUCAGCACGGCAUCCAUGAUGGACUGACUGUUCACCUUGUCAUCAAAAGCCAGAACCGACCUCAGGGCCAGUCCACACAGCCCGGUAAUGCUGCGGGAACUAAUACUACUACCGCGUCGACUCCCAGGAGUAACUCCACACCUAUUUCCACAAAUAGCAACCCGUUUGGGUUGGGGAGCCUGGGAGGACUUGCAGGCCUUAGCGGCCUGGGUUUGAGCUCGACCAACUUCUCUGAGCUCCAGAACCAGAUGCAGCAGCAGCUCCUGUCCAGCCCUGAGAUGAUGAUCCAAAUCAUGGAAAAUCCCUUUGUUCAGAGCAUGCUUUCGAAUCCCGAUCUGAUGAGGCAGCUCAUUAUGGCCAAUCCACAGAUGCAACAAUUGAUUCAGAGAAACCCAGAAAUCAGUCACCUGCUCAACAACCCAGAUAUAAUGAGGCAAACCCUCGAAAUCGCCAGGAAUCCAGCAAUGAUGCAAGAGAUGAUGAGAAAUCAAGACCUGGCUCUCAGCAAUCUCGAAAGCAUCCCAGGUGGCUAUAAUGCCCUACGGCGCAUGUACACUGACAUUCAAGAACCCAUGCUGAAUGCUGCACAAGAGCAGUUUGGGGGUAAUCCGUUUGCCUCCGCGGGGAGCAGUUCCUCCUCCGGGGAAGGUACGCAGCCUUCCCGCACCGAAAAUCGAGAUCCACUACCCAAUCCAUGGGCACCACCACCGGCUACUCAGAGUUCUGCCACCACCGGCACAACCACGAGCAGUGGCAGUGGGUCUGGCAGUAGCUCCAGUAGUGCUACUGGGAACACCAUGGCUGCAGCCAAUUAUGUUGCCAGCAUCUUCAGUACCCCAGGAAUGCAGAGCUUGCUGCAACAGAUAACUGAAAACCCCCAGCUGAUCCAGAAUAUGCUGUCUGCGCCCUACAUGAGAAGCAUGAUGCAGUCGCUGAGCCAGAAUCCAGAUUUGGCUGCACAGAUGAUGCUGAAUAGCCCAGUGUUUACUGCAAAUCCUCAGCUGCAGGAGCAGAUGCGUCCGCAGCUCCCGGCUUUCCUGCAGCAGAUGCAGAAUCCAGAUACGCUGUCAGCUAUGUCAAACCCAAGAGCAAUGCAGGCUUUAAUGCAGAUCCAGCAGGGGCUACAGACAUUAGCCACUGAAGCUCCUGGCCUCAUUCCAAGCUUCACUCCAGGUGUGGGGGUGGGGGUGCUGGGAACCGCUAUAGGCCCUGUAGGCCCAGUCACACCCAUAGGCCCUAUUGGCCCCAUAGUCCCAUUUACCCCCAUAGGUCCCAUUGGGCCCAUAGGACCCACUGGCCCUGCAGGUCCCCCUGGUUCCACUGGCUCAGGCGGCACCCCUGGGCCCACCAUGUCUAGCUCUGCACCCAGUGAAACUACGAGCCCAACAUCAGAAUCUGGACCCAACCAGCAAUUCAUUCAGCAAAUGGUGCAGGCUCUGGCUGGAGCAAAUCCUCCACAGCUGCCAAAUCCAGAAGUCAGAUUUCAACAACAACUGGAACAGCUCAACGCAAUGGGGUUCUUAAACCGUGAAGCAAACUUGCAGGCUCUAAUAGCAACAGGAGGCGACAUCAAUGCAGCCAUUGAGAGGCUGCUGGGCUCCCAGCCAUCAUAAUUACAUUUCUGUACCUUGAAAAAAAUGUAUCUUAUUUUUGAUAAUGGCUCUUAAAUCUUUAAACACACAAAAUCAUGCUUUACUUUCAUUUUGAUUCUUUUAAAUCUCUCUAGUUAUAAAUCUAAUAUGAUCCAUUUUAAGGUGGACUCCAUACACCGAUCCCUCCUCUCUCUCCCUCCCUCUUUCCUAUCUCCCUCCCUCAGUCCCUCUCUCCCUUUUGUCCUUCCUUCAUUUUGUCCUACCUUCCUUUUCUCUCCUUUCUUUCCUUCCUUCCUUCCUUCCUUUUUCUUCCUUCCUUCCUUCCUUCCUUCCUUCCAUCUAUCCAUCCAUUUCCUUCCUUGUCUGUUUUGAAUGGUGGGAAUCAAUGCUGUUCACUCGAAGGUGUUGCAUGCAAACACUUCUCUUUCUUCUGCAUUUAUUGUGGUUUUUGGAAACAGGUAUCAAACUUCACAGUUGGGUAAACAAGUUUUGUCCUACAGAUGUCCAAUUUGUUUGCAUUUUAAACAUUAGCUUAUAGUAAUUUAAUGUAGAAUGAAAAUAUUAAAACCAGAAGCAAAUUAUUUGAAGCUCUCUAAUUUGUGGUACAAUAUUGCUUAUUGUGACUUUGGCAUGUAUUUUUGCUAGCAAAAUGCUGUAAGAUUUAUAUCAGUCUUUGAUCUUUUUUUGUUAUAUUUGUACACAGUACAGUAAGCACAAUUGGAACUGUACAUCUAGAAAUAUUACAACAGAAUUUCUGAGCAGAAUAUGUGUAAUCAAAAUGAGAGAAUAUAAGAAAUAUUUCUGGAGCUAGGUAUGUCACAGUUUUGUAGAAUCUUACAGCAUCUUUGAUCAACUCAGUGAAAAUGUUGGCUAGGCAAGUUCAGUUAAAAUAUAGUAGAAAUGUUUAUCCUGGUAUUUCUAAGUAUACAUUUAAUUGUACAGAAAACUUUACUGUGUGAAAUUGUGUCAACAUUUGCUGAUUGACUGUAUAUGACCUUAAUCUUUGUGCAGCCUGAAGGAUCAGUGUAGUAAUGCCAGGAAAGUGCUUUUUACCUAAGACUUCUUUCUCAGCUUCUCUCAUAAAGAGACCCUAAUAAUACACAUUUUCAUUUGUAAUUAGAAAUGUAACUUUCACUGAAAGUGUCAUGUGAUGUUUGCAUUACUUUUAACUGCUAUGUAUAAAGGAAACUGUAUCUUUUGACUCUUAUCAGUUAUUUCUCUUAUGCACAGGGGAAAAUGCAUUGAAAAUGACUAAAAAAAUAAAAAAAUAAUAAAAAAUGGA